AUGCAUGACAAGAAGUCGCCCAUGGCGAAUUCUCACUACUUGAAAAAUCUAAAACAGCAGUUUCGCAACAAAAAUCUGAUUGAAACGACUAUCCAUCUAGUAAAAUGCAAUGACCAUGAUUCACUGGCCUUUUUAGCGAGGACAUACGGGGUUCCACCGCAGUUGCGACAUAUUGUGUGGCCGAUCUUGUUGAAGUACCAUCCAAUGUGCAUUUCACCAAAUAUUACGUCUAAUACUAUUUCUUGGGACCCGAUAACCAAUGAUUUCAUACUUAAUGACCCUUUUCUGAAAAGUAAGACUCCCACUGAGAAGCAAGACAAGGCUGAUGAUGAAAACGUUCUCCCGUACGAUAUAGAAUCCGUUAUCCUGCAUGACCUAAAAAAAUACUUCCAUUCCAGGUCCAAUCCUGCUGGCUCAUCGAGCAAUGCUAACACCAACAAUAUCGCCACCCCCACACCCCUUUCGUCGUCUGACGCUUCUACUGUUUCUUCUAUGGAGGUACUAUCUCCCUCAUUAGACUACGAAUUCCAGAUCAUAGAGACCUUGAAAAAUGCCAUUGUGAAUUUUUUGCUAAAAUGGUCAAAAAUCUUCAAAUACGAAAGCGGUCUUGCCUGGAUUGCUCUGGGCUUGGCUGAAUGGUACCCCAUAUACCCCUAUGAGACAAUGUCUCCCUUCAACGAGUCUCAUUCAUUUUAUGAUGUGGAGGACUAUAUAGUUUUGAGUGGUAGAAAGCACGCUCUCAUAAACACCAACAGCGGCAAUAACGGAAAUAGCAACAACUCUAGUGGCAACACGAAUAGCAAUAACACGAAUAUAACGUCAGGCAUGCACAACCUGAGCAUCAACACGAAUACUAGCUUGCAUAAUUCUCCCUACAUUUCUCACACGUUAUCAUAUCUUUAUAAAGAAUAUCCGUUACCCUUUGAACUGCGAUCAAAAUUACCUACAAAACCGAUUUUUUCAUUCAGUGCUCUUUUCGAAAGACUGGCUCUUGUCAUUUUACACUGUCCUGACACCAUAUUAGCGCACAAACAAUUGAAAAAUGACUCGAACGCAUCUUCCAGCUCGAAGGCGAACUCAAACAUCAACACAAAUUAUUUCCCUAUUAUAUCUGGUGGCGAUCUUUCAUUUCAGACCCAAGUUUUUUUCAAGGUAUUCUCUUCAAUUUUGCCUGAGCUAUAUCAACCUUUGACGGAAGAGUCUUCAUUACAACCUUCAUCAUCAAGAAACUCCUGGAUUUAUUGGUGGCUGAAAUGUUCUGGCGCUAAAGCUUUACAAAGACAGGAUAGAGGGCGUGUAUGGGAUUUGCUGCUCGGUUGGAGGCCCAAACCAAACAUGAACACAAUAAAUUUCUUUUUGAAUUAUAACGAUAAGAAAAUGGAUCACCUCUAUCACGAUACACCACAGUGUGACAACGAGGAGUACUGGAUGAAAGAUUGGGUAGCUUUGUACAAUAAUGAUCCGUUUUGGUUCCCCGAUCUGGAUAGCAUGGCACUAGGUUCCAAAAAAUUUCCCUACGAUUAUAGUGUCUUUAAAGAAUUAAUUAUGAGAAAUAAAUACGGAGGCGCUCAAAGCAAAGCUCAAACAGACGAUACAGCAUUAUCCUCUAGUAGUAAUUCAAAUGAUAAGUCGGAAUUAAAACUACCAUUUUCCUCCAUUGAUCCCCAUAUGCAGCUGAUCUUCAUUUUUAUCGCAAUUUUGCAGUUCAACGAGUUUAAACUAUUAGAGUUUGAAGAAGCGGAAAUUUCUGAGUUUCUCAAUAACGUUCCUCUAUUAACAAAAUUUGAUGACUCCUCCUAUAGGAAGUUAUACGAGAAUACAGAAUCUAGCAUAACCAGCCUGCCCUCCUCACCAACCACUUCUACGAUGGCCUCAUUACAUUCCGGCUCCAAUUCAAGUGCUCAUAUCUCUAAUUAUCACAUGUUAAUCGAAGUUGGAAAUGAUGCUAAGGCUUCUCAUUGUUUUGAUGAUCUUUUAAACAUGGCAGGGGAUAUUUGGAGGAAAUGGCUAUGGAGAGAGUUAGAGGAAAGUUCCCUUUGA